AUGGACGAAUUAGAACACCGUCGUAUUGCAUGCCUAUUGGAUGACAUAAGUGACGAGGAAUUGUGGGGUGGUACAUCUUUCACUGACGAAUGUUCACCCGAUGAACAUUUUGAUGUAUUAGAAACUUCGAACACCGAACAAUCAGGAGAAUCGACCGAUGAUGAGAUUCACAAUGAUAUUCAACAAACACUAUCAGCAGAUUGCGAAUCUUAUCAUGAAUCUGACGAUGAAAUUCCACUGAGUAUGCGUGUAGGGUGUUUUUAUGGAAAAGAUGGGACAAAAUGGAAUCGUCGUAAGCCAAAUCUGAGAACAAAAAAUCCAAGUUACAAUAAGAUAACUGAAAAAAAAGGUGUGACUAAUUUGGCAAAAAAUGCAAAAACUGAAAUUGACGCGUGGUAUAUUUUUUUUACGGGUCCUAUGAUUGAACAUAUAGUGUUCUGUACAAAUAUAUAUAUCGAUAAAAUUAAGUCAAAUUUUACCAGAGAAAGAGAUGUAGCUCAUACAACCACACGGGAAAUAAAAGAUUUACUUGGUUGCUUGUACAUGAUUGGUGCAAUAAAAUGUGGUCAUAGAAAUGCUCGGGAUUUGUGGAAAUUAGAUGGAGUAGGUGUAGAUAUUGUAUCAUGUGUUAUGUCAGAAAAACGGUUUGAAUUUUUAUUGCGAUAUAUACGUUUUGAUGACAUAAGAAGACGCGAAGAAAGAAAAAAGUUUGAUAAAAUAACCCAUGUGCGAUGGUUAUUUGAAAGUUUUAUACUACAGUGUAAACAGUCAUAUAGUUUAUCCGAGUUUGUCACUAUAGACGAAAAACUCCAAGCCUUUCGUGGUCGAUGUUCUUUUAGGCAUAUUGAUAACAGUCCGAAAAAUGUUGUUCAUCGUUUGAUACAACCUAUUAGGAAUACAGGAAGAAACGUGACAAUCGAUAACUGGUUUACUAGUGUUCCGCUCGCAGAUGAAUUACUGAAUCAAAAACUCACCUUACUUGGUACUUUUAGGAAAAAUAAAACUCAAAUACCACAGGAAUUUAAAAUCACGAAAAAUCGCCCUGUAUUUAGUUCUUAUUUUGGAUUUAGUGGAAAAAAAGUUCUAGUUUCAUACAAACCUAAAAAUAACAAAAUAGUAUUACUAUUAUCCACAAUGCACAAUGAUAAUUCAAUCGACAGUAGUACAGGAGCGGCAAAAAAACCAAACAUGAUAACGAUGUAUAAUGCAACGAAAGGCUCUGUGGAUACAAUGGAUAAGAAAACCGAGAAUUACACUGUUGCACGGCGGUGUAUACGUUGGUCAUUAAUAGUUUUUUAUUCAAUGCUAAACAUCGGUGGACUAAGCGCACAAAUUAUUUUCCAAGAAAAUACUUCAAUAAGAAAAACAAGACUUGUAUUUUUGAAGACAUUAGCUCGUCAACUAAUGCAAGAACAAAUGGAAUAUCGUUUGACACUGGAUUGUUUGCCAAAACAAAUAAAAUUAAGACUAAAUGAAUACUGCAACAUAACAAGACCUAACGUGGGGGAAAUACAACGUGUACGAGCUUCUGGAAGAUGUACUUUUUGUGACCGCUCAAAAGAUCGUAAGGCUACAAAAGUAUGUACUAAUUGCGCAAGACUCAUUUGCAGAGACCAUAUAAUAGAGACUUGCCCUGACUGCUUUGAAGCUUCAUAG